ACGAUCCUUACUGCUACUACUCUCUCUCUCUCUCUCUCUCUCUCUCACACACACUCUCUCUCUCUCACACACACACACACACACAGAUCGCAAGGAAAGAGGAACGACAGACUGGAAGAGUUUGAUCUUCUGUUCAGCAUCAUGGCGUCCGCGGCGCCUCAGAAAAGGAUGGUGUCGUCUGUCUUCAUCACUCUGUCGUCUCCGUUCAGGGCGACCGUCACCCCGACGGCUCAGGUCCACAGCAACAGCCCAACGCGAGAGCAGCCGCGGCUACGGAGCUCAGCAUCGCAUGAGGAACGGAUCAGCCCGCUGUACGCCCAUCCCACCGCCGCCCCCUGCAGGCGGGACAGCACACGCACACCGGACGUGUUUGUAAGCAGUAACCCUGAUGACCUCCCUCCUCCAUGUGACCCCUACGACCCCGAGCCCAGACCCCCGGACGCCCCUGCAGAGGUCAGUCUGUCAGAGAGAUCGGCGCCCCCUGCUGGAGGGAUGGUGAACGAGCCGUCAGCCGGACCUCACUGCACCGAUGUGUGUGGGUUCUGCCGUAAGCUGGUGCCGCUGUCUGAACCGGCCAUCGACGCUCUGAACCGCACGUACCAUGCCUCGUGCUUCCAGUGCCGGCAGUGCCACGCUCCACUGGCUGCCAGACUCUACUACACUAAAUCUGGGAUUCCUCUGUGUGAGGACUGUUACCAGGCCAGUCUGGAGCCGUGCUGGGCGUGUGGUGACGUCAUCAAGGACCAUGUGAUCCGAGCGCUGGAACGAGCCUAUCACCCGCCCUGUUUCGUGUGCGUGACGUGCCGGCAGCCAAUCGGAGAGCAGCGUUUUGCGCAGGGGGAAGUGGGAGAGGUUUACUGUCUGCAGGACUAUUACAGGAAAUACGCUCCUCAGUGCCGCUCGUGUUCAGAGCUGAUCAUCCCUCGAGACGACGGAACCGACAGCUUCACUGUGCAGUGCCUGGGGCAGUCUUACCAUGAGCACUGUUACCGCUGCGAGGUGUGCCGUGUGCUUCUGUCCCCGGAGCCCAAUGAGAACGGCUGCCACCCGCUGGACGGCCAGAUCCUGUGCAGGCCGUGUCACGUGACUCUGGUCCAGCGCACGUCACUGUGACGAGGACACGCCCACUGUGACGAGAACACGCCCACUGUGAUGAGGACACGCCCACUUUGCCAGAUACAACAAUCGCUUCUUUUAUUAUCUUAAUGCUUUCUUUCAACAUUCCUCUGAUUAUAUCAAUGUACACUAGCGGUCAAAGUCUGGAAUCUGUACGAUUGUUUAAUGUUAUGGAAGCUGCAUUUAUUUGAUCUAAAAUAGGCCUACAGUGAAAUAUUAUUACAAUUUAAAAAUAUCUGUUUUCUAUAUGAAUAUCUUUUGACCAUUACUGUAUCAGACAU